UUAUGAUGCUAUCUGACGUGGUUUGUCGAGCCACCAUCGGUCGACCGUUUUGUCGACAAGUAAGAUAACCAAAAAUUUAUUAUAUCCUAUUGUUAUUAAGGAAACUUUGAAAAACAAAGAUGUUGGACAGUUUAUUUGACGAUGUAAAGCGAAUGAACAAGCGACAGUUUAUCUACCAAGUUUUAAGUUUUGGUAUGAUAGUGUCGUCAGCUUUGAUGAUAUGGAAAGGCUUGAUGGUUGUAACUGGCAGUGAAAGUCCUAUAGUGGUAGUCCUUUCUGGUAGUAUGGAACCAGCUUUCCACAGAGGUGAUCUUUUGUUCCUGACUAACUACCCGGAGGAGCCUGUACGUGUAGGCGAAAUUGUAGUCUUCAAAGUAGAAGGUCGAGACAUUCCUAUAGUACACAGAGUUUUAAAACUCCAUGAAAAGAGCAAUGGAACAGUAAAAUUUCUUACUAAAGGUGACAACAAUAGUGUUGAUGAUCGAGGUUUAUAUGCACAGGGGCAAUUGUGGCUAACCAAAAAGGAUGUAGUGGGGCGUGCACGAGGUUUUUUACCUUAUGUUGGAAUGGUCACAAUUUAUAUGAACGAAUAUCCAAAGUUUAAGUUUGCAGUGUUAGCAUGUCUAGCAAUUUAUGUGUUAGUGCAUAGAGAGUGACAUUUUAAUCUGAUCUGAUGUGUUGAUGGAGAUGAAGACAGACUGUGGAAGAAUUACAUUGGUUCAAUGAAUGUAAUUUAAUUUUAUGAUUAAAUGAAGUUCUCUCUAGUGUUAUAAUAUAUUUGUUUUAUGUCUCA